AUGGCUGAGGAGAAGCAUCGCAUGCUCUAUCAGGGCCAGGAACCCUGCCAGAUUAUGGCCCUUAGUGGAGUUUCUGUGGUCAGAGUGGCCGAACCGCCACCCUACGACGAUGCCAUCAUGAUGAUGCCCAGCUAUGCCAGCUACAAUUUUAACGAACUUGCGGAAAGAAGAUCCACACUCUUGCAGGAGCAGCUGCCCUUGGAUCAAAUCGAUGGGCAGCAGCAGCAGCAAGAGAUGGAGCAGGAACCCCUUGAGGAGGAGCAGGAAUAUCAAAGCAUGGAGCAAGUAGAUCAAGAGCAGCAGCAUCACAAACAUCAGCAGAUGGCUGUUCAUAGAGUUUCAUUGCCCUAUUUGCUACUCGGUCGAUUUGCUUUGCCUCGGGUUCGAAAUUUUUUUCAACAACCCAAACUGGGCGAUAUAGCCAUUCCCAUAAGAUGUCCAGCCUGUGGCCAAAACGGUUUAACACGACUCGAACGCUCGCCGAAUACUCGCACCCACACAUGGGCCCUGUGGCUCUGCUCCUUUGGGUGGUGUUGCUGUGCCUGCUUCUGUCCCUAUUUUAUGAACUGUUGUCGGACCACCAAUCAUUAUUGCUCCAACUGUCAGAUCUAUUUGGGUGCAUAUUAUCCCAGCAGCUGUUUCCAUCAAUGAAUGAACCAGUGAAUGAACAAAGGACUGAGGCAAUGAUGGAAUGAAGGAAUGUGCAAAUGUCGCUCUACGACCGAAAAGAUGGAUAGACGACUUAAAAAAGUCAAUAAAGCGUAUAUACUAAAUCCACAUUGAGAUAUGUUGAACUCUAAUCGUAAUUUCUUGACCAUGCUGUAACAUGGUCAUUGAGUCACCUCGCUGGGGCGGGGAGGGGGGCAAAACAUGUGUUAUUUUUUAUUUAUCAACACAUUGCCAGACUUUGGCCAUUGACUAAAACAGCAAUUCAACUUGAAA